AUGCGUAUAUGUAUUGUCUGCAUGUGUUAUACGUGUCGUCUCAUUAUUGUGCUUUCGCUUUUCGUCGCCGUUAUUUUGGACAAUCUGGAAUUGGAAGAAGAUGUUAAAAUGAUUCGACAAUUGAAAACGCGUGAAGCGAGUGCUGAAACACAGCAGAAAUUGCCAUGGCGUCUUCGCGUUUUCGAACGUUUUCCUGAUCAUCCACAAAUGAUCGAACUUUCACGUUUACCACACGAUUUUAUCAUCCCAAAGAUUCGCGAUAGUUUCAUGCGACAAUUCCUCAGUCAAGACGACAUUUAUUCUUACCCAUUAGAACUUUCGAUGAAUGCUUAUAGUAAAAAGCAUGCAGUGAAAACAUUACAUGUUCCCGAACAUCGGCCAACAGGUGAAAGUAUGAAACGAACAGCUGUAUCGAACAUAAUCAGGAGUGCAAGUAAUCAACGACUUUUAAGUGGCGAUGCAAGUCAAGUGCAAUUGGCUAGUAUGGGUGAUAAUAAAAUAUCCGCUUUUGUUCAACAGAAUAAAAUUCGAAUGGAUCGAAAAAAUUCUAUGCGUCGAUCAGGUUAUCGACCGAAGCCAGUACAUAUGGUUCGUGAAAAUGGAGAUGUUAGUGGGUUACAAGGUCGAAAUCAGGAUGAUUAUGAUAUCAAAGUGUUUCAAUAUCGUAAACAACAAGCUGAAUUGAAACGAAAUCAACAAGAAGAAGAUCUUCGGGAAAAUCAUCCUUACUUUGAUACGCCGCUCUUUGCCAUCGCCAGAGAGGGCAAUUUCCGAAAGUUUUGUCAACUCGUUGUCGAAGCUCGAUACAAUGCUAUUCCCAAAGAUCGUCUUGGACAAGAACAGAAAAUGAGCCGGUACAAACAGGGAAAUAAAUUUCUCGGCUUGGUUACUUAUCUUGACUGGAUUAUGAUCUUAGUGACCAUUCUAUCCGCCGUUAGUAUGUCAUUCGAAACCCCAACGAAUCGAGUGGUUGAGCAACCUUUACUACAAAUUGCCGAAUACACGUUUGUUAUCUGUAUGAGUGUUGAGUUAACAUUGAAAGUCUUUGCGCAUGGAUUAUUUUUCACACCGAAAGCGUUAAUUCGAGAUAUUGGUGGAGCAAUCGAUGUUGCCGUGUUCUUUGUUGGUCUGAUAUAUCUCUGUUGGUUGCCACAGAGUGUUCCAUCGAAUAGUGUCGCUCAAUUUCUUAUGCUGCUUCGAUCAACACGACCAUUGCGAAUCUUUAUUCUUGUGCCAGAUAUGAGAAAAGUCGUCUACGAAGUUUGUCGAGGUUUUAAAGAAAUUCUUCUUGUAUCGAUUUUGUUGGUUGUGCUGAUGUUCAUCUUUGCUAUCUAUGGUGUCCAGAUUAUCGGUGGACAACUAGCUCGUUGUAACGAUCGACAGCACUAUACAGAUCAAACAUCAUGUAAGGGAACGUUUUGGAGAGAACUCUAUGUAUCGAAAAUGAAUGUCAGUGGAAAUGAUCCAGUUAUGUUAGUACCGCGUGUCUGGGCAAAUCCACAUAAUUUUAAUUUCGAUUAUAUUGGAAGUGCUAUGCUAGCUUUGUUCGAAGUACUUUCACUCGAAGGCUGGUUAGAAAUUCGAGAUAUCAUCAUGGACCGCAUGGGCGCGGAACAUGCCAUCUUCGUUCAUAUUUUCGUCUUUAUUGGCACAUUGAUCGGAUUAACCUUAUUCGUUGGUGUCGUUAUCGCGAAUUAUUCCGAAAACAAAGGUACGGCUUUGUUAACUGUCGACCAACGUCGUUGGAUGGAUUUGAAAGGCCGUAUUAAAUUAGCUCAACCAUUACGUACACCACCACGACCUAAAAAUAGCAAAUUUCGUUCUUAUAUCUUUGAUAUAACUCAAAAUCGGUUGUUCAAAAAGUCUUCCGCCGCUCUUGUCUUGUUUAAUUGUGCAUUACUUUACAAACCAUGGAAAGCAAACGAACGAAUUACUCAGAUAUCAGCAUUGAUCUCCUCGCUAUUCACAUUUCUGUUUCUUGUUGAAGCAGUCAUGAAAUGCAUCGCUUUGGGCUUUGUUGGUUACUGGCAGUCACGUCGAAAUCGAUUCGAUUUGUUAGUAACGAUAUUGGGUAUCGGAUGGAUUGUGUUAAAUUUUAUAUCCUUCGGUAAAAGUGAUCUGCAAGAAUUUAGUAACACAUUCGGAUUUACUGUUAUUAUUCUUCGAUUUUUUACUAUUGCUGGUAAACACGCAACACUGAAAAUGCUGAUGUUGACGAUUAUUGUAUCUUUUUUCAAAUCGUUCUUCAUUAUCCUCGGCAUGUUCUUACUCAUGUUAGUAUACGCAUUUGCAGGCGUUAUGCUUUUCGGUUCUGUUAAAUUCGGCCCUGAACUUGGUCGCCAUGCGAAUUUCAAAAAUGUACCCAAUGCCAUCGUUCUUCUCAUGAGAAUCGUGACAGGUGAAGAUUGGAAUAAGAUCAUGCAUGAUUGUAUGGUCGUUCCACCACGAUGUACACGCGGAAUCUCUUAUUGGGAGAGUGAUUGUGGCAAUUCCACGGCUUCAAUUCUUUACUUUUGUUCAUUUUAUAUCAUCAUUACUUAUAUCGCUCUUAAUCUUCUUGUGGCUAUCAUUAUGGAAAACUUCUCGUUGUUUUAUUCGAAUGAAGAGGAUGCCUUGCUGAGUUACACGGAUAUUCGACAUUUUCAAACAGUAUGGAAUAUGAUCGAUACAGGAAGGAAAGGCAUCAUACCGGCGAGACGUGUGAAAUUUUUAUUAAGGUUGCUACGAGGACGAUUGGAAGUCGAUGCAGAAAAACUUUACAAACAUAUGUGUUAUGAAAUUGAGAAACUGAAUAACGGGAACGAUGUUACAUUUCAUGACGUACUCAAUAUGCUGGCCUAUCGAUCGGUUGAAAUUCGUAAAUCUUUACAAUUCGAAGAGUUAUUAGCACGCGAAGAGCUAGAAUAUCUCAUCGAAGAAGAAGUUGCCAAGCUAACGAUACGUAAUUGGUUAAACAAAUGUUUAAAACGAAUUAAAACCAAAGAUCAGACUAAUGUGAUCAAAAGUUUACAGCGCAGCAACGAACUAGCAUUCUUUCGCGAAGCACAAGCAUUAACAACAAGCGAAACGCUAAAGAAAGCAGUAGAGAGUGCAGCUGCAGAAGACGAUCAACAACAACAACAACAGCAACAACAAUCUGCGCAAUCACAACAAGCUCAAAAGGAUGGUACAAAAAGAAAACUCGAUCGAACAAUAACAUUGCCGACACCUUCGACUGAAAAUUCAAAUUAUCGCACGCCAGCUGGAGCGCGUGAAACUCCUGUCGAACCGAAAGGACCACGACGGCAAGCGCAUCAACAGUUGCAGCAAAAUAUAAGUGCUAGUCUCAGUGGUGACGAACCGUAUCCAUGGCGUCCUUGGCAAGCAAGUAAUUUUAAUAAUGCACGUAAAGAUGUCGAAUCAUGGUGGACAAAUCAGUUUCAAAUGACAACAUAA